AUGAAGGAUUUAGGUGAUCUGAAGUACUUUCUUGGAAUCGAAGUAGCAAGGUCAGAAAUUGGUAUAUUUCCGUCUCAAAGGAAGUAUGUAAUGGAUCUACUCACUGAAACAAAAAUACUUGGAUGUAAGCAUGCUGACACACCCAUUGAGAUGAAUCACAAGUUGUGUGAAGACAUGAACCAAGAACCAACCAAUAAGGAACAGUACCAACGCCUUAUUGGAAGGUUGAUAUACUUGGCACACAUAAGACCAGAUAUUGCAUAUGUUGUAAGUGUGGGUAGUCAGUUUAUGCAUUCGCCUAGUGUUUGUCAUAGGAAUGCAGUUAAUCGGAUCUUAAGAUACUUAAAAUCAGCCCCUGGGAAACGAUUUAUGUUCUCAAAAAAUGGAAAUCUUAAAGUUGUUGGAUAUACAUAUGUUGAUUGGGCUAGUUCCAUUACAAAUAGAUGCUCUACUUCUAGUUACUUUACAUUCAUGGGAGGUAACCUAGUCACUUGGCGGAGUAAAAAGCAAAAUGUGUUUUCUCGGUCUAGUGUAGAAGCAGAAUAUCGAGGAAUGGCUCACGGAGUUUGUGAAUUAUUAUGGAUUAGAAGACUCUUGAUAGAAUUGGGCUUCAAGCCAGAAAAGCCAAUGAAGUUGCAUUGUGACAACAAACCAGCUAUCAAUAUUGCCCAUAAUCCAGUUCAGCAUGAUUGA